UGAAUGAUGCAGCAGUAACUUUUCAAACUUGCGAUUGAACGGUUCGCUCAAACGGUUAAAGAGAAAAUAAAAUAAAAAAUAAUUAAAAAAAAACCAAAUAUAACAAAUUAAAUAAUAAAAUAUAAAAGAAAAACUAAAUAUCUAUUAAAACAAAAAUGAAUAAAAAAAUCCGUGUAUGUGUUAUAGGAGCGGGCACGGCCGGUUUAUCGGCUGUGAAAAAUUCUUUAGAACAUCAUAUGGAAGUGGUGUGCUAUGAAAGAGAGGAACAAGUGGGUGGCACUUGGGUCUAUGAAGACACCGAUGCCACGGUACAAUGUGAUGAGGAAGUGCAUAGUAGCAUGUAUCAGGGUUUAAGAACAAAUUUACCCAAAGAGGUUAUGGGUUAUCCUGAUUUUCCUUAUCCCGAUAAGUUUGAAAUGUCCUUUGUUACAUCUGCCGAUGUUUUGGAAUAUCUUAAUCUUUAUGCUGAUCAUUUUAAACUAAGAAAUUAUAUACAAUUUGAACAUGAAGUGAUACGCGUUAAACCACGUCUCAAUAGGGAAUGGGAGGUCCAUGUUUUAAAUCACAAGACAAACGUUUUCAGUGUACAAUAUUUUGAUAGAAUAUUUGUUUGUAAUGGUCACUAUACUAAGCCUCAAUACCCGGAAAUACCUGGCAUGGAUAUUUAUAGAGGUCUGCAAUUACACAGUCAUCUAUAUCGUACUCCACAAAAGUUUAAAGAUGAAACAGUUUUAGUUAUUGGUGCUGGACCAAGUGGCAUGGAUGUUACUCAACAUAUUGCCAAAACUGCCAAACAAGUUUUCCUUAGUCAUCAUUUACCAGAAGCGCCACCUACCGAUUUUAUGGGCCCCGUCACUCAAAAACCUGAUGUUCAAUAUUUUACCGCAACUGGUGCCGUCUUUAAAGACGGCACCGUUGAAGAUUUUGAUUGUGUAGUCUAUUGUACCGGCUAUCAAUAUUCAUUUCCCUUUCUAAGCUGUGAUUGUGGCAUUUAUGUAAAAAAUAAUCAUGUCCAGCCUUUAUAUAAACAAUGCAUUAAUAUCGAGCAUCCUACCAUGGCCAUUAUAGGUUUGCCGUUCUUAGUUCUGCCCACACAAUGUUUUGAUAUGCAAAUACGUUUUGCCUUAAAAUUCUUUAGCAAUGAACUGGAAUUUCCCUCGAAACAGGAAAUGGUGGAUGAAUUAAAACGUGACUUAGAGGAACGCAAAGAGAGAGGUAUGCGUGAAACUGAGGCUCAUAAAAUGGGACCAAAACAGUAUGACUACUAUAAAGAACUUUCCGAAAUGGCAGGCAUAACAACCAUCAAACCUGUUGUGGCGAAUAUUAUGAAAGAUUGUGGCAAAAAGUAUAUUUACGAAUUGGAAACCUAUCGUUCCUAUAUCUUUAAGGUAUUAGAUGAUGAACGUUUUGUUAAAAUACCUGUCAAUUGAGAUAUAAUUAUACAUUCCUUUAGACUUUUUAUUGAUAUUUUAUUUAUAGUUUGUUAAGAAUAAAAUUAUAUAAAGUGUUGGGUUUAAGAACUAUAAUAAGUGGCUGUAAAUAUAUUUUCGUUUGUUUUUUUAUGUAAAAA